CGUCGUUUUAAAACUAAGAACGACGUCGUUAGUCUAUUCCAACACAAUAAAUGUGAAAUUGCGUUGCUUUUCGAUUUCUUCUUCUUAUCCAAAACUCUCUCAGUCAUGGCUCUUCUUCGUCUUCCUGGCAUUUCCCUCCAAAUUCUAGGUCACAAAUCAAACCAGAAGAACCCUAAUCCCAAUGUUGCCUUCACCAAUCACUCUCUCUCUUUAUCUACUCCUUCACUAUGUCGUCUCCAUCGUCACGCGACGUUUCCAGACUCAAUUCCAGCAAAAUCCAGAAACCUCACUUCGUACUUCUCCACCACAACACAAGAGCCAGUCCUCGAAUCUUCUUCUUCUUCUUCUUCAGCUCCUGAGGUAGUAGAAGAAGAGAUUUCUAAAACCAGAUUGAUUGCUCAGAAUGUUCCAUGGACAUCUACACCUGAAGAUAUUAGAUCGUUGUUCGAGAAGUACGGGAGUGUUAUCGACAUUGAGAUGUCUAUGCAUAAGAAGGAAAGAAAUAGAGGUUUGGUGUUCAUUGAAAUGGCUUCUCCUGAAGAAGCUGCAACAGCUCUUAAAUCUCUUGAAUCGUGUGAAUAUGAGGGUCGUCGUUUGAAGGUAGACUAUGCAAAGACCAAAAAGAAGAAGACAUAUGCGCCGCGUGAGACGCCUUCACCAGUGCCUACAUUCAAUUUGUUUGUUGCAAACUUGGCAUUUGAAGCAAGGGCCAAGCAUCUUAAGGAGUUCUUUGAUGCAGACACUGGUAAUGUUGUCUCCACUGAAGUUAUAUUCCAUGAAAAUCCAAGGAGGUCGAGUGGUUACGGGUUUGUCUCUUUCAAAACCAAGAAACAGGCCGAGGCAGCGCUUAUUGAGUUCCAAGGAAAGGAUUUUUUGGGAAGGCCAAUCCGAUUAGCUAAAAGCAAACAGUUUGUGAAGUUGCAAGCAAAAGAAGGGUUGCAGCCACCAGAGGAGGAAGCAGAGGAGGAACCAUCUCAGUCUGAGACAAUGACCCAAGAGCACGAAACUCCGGCUGCAUAAAACUUAGAAGUCUUCGUUGCAGGAUCAUUGUUGGAGAUAUUGGAAUUGACGAAGAAGCUUCGAGCUUUUAGGUCUUUAUUCUUCUUAGUUUUUGACCAACAAGAGGAGUGGGUACAUACAAGUAGUACCUACCUUGAGUAAAUGGUGGAGAGGUAAGAAGUACAAGACCGAUUUUGUUAGAACUGAAAACUAGUAAGAGACAGGUAUUACCAAACGUCAGUAUCAGACCAGAUCAAAUCUCAAGAAACAAACUCAUGUGGCUCCUACGAAACUUGCUUUGUUCAGUUAAACACAAUGCUUCUUUGUUUGUCAUCUACUUUCGAUUACUUGUUUGCGUUUGUUAUAUGCUUAGUGUGUAACUUCAUAUAUGAACCCGUACUCUUAAGAAAGUUAUGUUAGUAAUUUGUAAAACGCAAAUUAAAAUUACUUUAAUAGCUAGGUUUCUAUUUAUAAAAGCCAAAACACAAA